AUGACCGCAGGGGUGCACGAGGCGGCUCCUCCUCUCCUGCUCGGAAACUCCGUGAAUUUUGCCCGAGGCCCCUUGGUUGGGAGGUCAGCUUCCUCCCCAGCCCUGGGGCUGUUCCCAGCAUCCUCUGCUUCCUCCCCACGCAGGGACCUGAGCAUGAACAACCUCACGGAGCUGCAGCCCGGCCGCUUCCACCGCCUGCGCUUCCUGGAGGAGCUGCGUCUCUCGGGGAACCACCUCUCACACAUCCCGGGAGGAGCGUUCUCCGGCCUCCACAGCCUGAAAAUCCUGAUGCUGCAGAACAACCAGCUGGGAGGGAUCCCGGCCGAGGCGCUGAGGCAGCUGCCGAGCCUGCAGUCUCUGCGCCUCGAUGCCAACCUCAUCUCCCUGGUCCCCGAGAGGAGCUUCGAGGGGCUGUCCUGCCUCCGCCACCUGUGGCUGGACGACAACGCGCUGACCGAGGUCCCGGUCAGGGCCCUCAACAACCUCCCCGCCCUGCAGGCCAUGACCCUGGCCCUCAACCGCAUCCGCCACGUCCCCGACUACGCCUUCCAGAACCUGAGCAGCCUCGUGGUGCUGCAUCUUCAUAACAACCGAAUCCAGCGUCUGGGGACCCACAGCUUCGAGGGCCUGCACAGCCUGGAGACGCUGGACUUGAACCACAACGACCUGCGGGAGUUCCCGGUGGCCAUCCGGACGCUGGGCCGGCUGCAGGAGCUCGGUUUCCAUAACAACAACAUCAAGGCCAUCCCAGAGAAGGCCUUCAUGGGGAACCCUCUGCUGCAGACCAUACACUUUUAUGACAACCCGAUCCAGUCCGUGGGGAGGUCCGCGUUCCAGUACCUGCCGAAGCUGCACACGCUGUCCCUGAAUGGAGCCACCGACAUCCAGGAGUUCCCAGACCUCAAAGGCACCACGAGCCUGGAGACCCUGGAGCUGUCUCAUAACGGGAUCGAGGAGCUGCCCAGCCUGCACAGGUGUCAGAAGCUGGAGGAGAUAGGCCUCCAGCACAACCGCAUCUGGGAAGUCAGAGCCGACACCUUCCGCCAGCUGAGCUCCCUGCGGGCCCUGGACCUGAGCUGGAACUCCAUCCGGUCCAUCCACCCCGAGGCCUUCGCCACCCUGCGCUCCCUGGUCAAGCUGGACCUGACGGACAACCAGCUGACCACGCUGCCCCUGGCCGGGCUCGGGGGCCUGAAGCAUCUCAAGCUCAAAGGGAACCCAGCUCUGUCGCAGGCCUUCUCCAAGGACAGUUUCCCAAAGCUGAGGAUCCUGGAGGUGCCGUACGCCUACCAGUGCUGUGCCUACGGCGUCUGUGCCGGCCUCUUCAAGGCCUCCGGGCAGCGGGGAGCGGACGUCCUUCACCUCGAGGAUGAGGAGCCGCCCAAGGGGCCGCUGGGCCUUCUUGCCGGACAAGCCGAGAGCCACUAUGACCUGGACCUGGAGGAGAUGGAGGACACGAAGCCACACCCCCGUGUGCAGUGCAGCCCAGUUCCAGGCCCCUUCAAGCCCUGCGAGCACCUCUUUGAGAGCUGGGGCGUCCGGCUGGCCGUGUGGGCCAUCGUCCUGCUGUCCCUGCUCUGCAACGGGCUGGUGCUCUCCUGCGACUCCACGCAGGCCCUGGUGGCCUUCUCCGACAUGGAUCUCGUUCUGGAAGCUUCCGAGGCUGGGCGGCCCCCAGGGCCGGAGACCUACGGCUUCCUCACGGGCACCCUCGUCUCCUGCCCACAGCCAGAGAGCCCCAGGCCACAGGGCAGCCACUUGGUUGAGCCAGAGGGAACCCACUUUGGGAACCAGCAACCCCCCAUGGACAGAGAGCUGCUGCUGAGGGCAGAGGGGGCCGCACCUGGUGGCGGGGGCGUGGCGGCGGGCAGGGGCAUCCAGCCCUCAGGCUCAGCCUUUGCCUCCCACCUAUAA